CAGAGGCUACUGGAUAGACUGAGAGCGCCGCGUUGAUUGGCGCGGAAGGGCUGCGGGGGCGGCGAGGCGGUGGUUGAAGCGCGGCCAGCUGGCGGAGGGAGGAGGCGGUGGCCCAGCCUGGUUCGAGGUUGAGCGUGCGAAGACAGAAGCUGGAGGAGCGGAUGUAAAAGAGUACAGCAGAAAAUGUCCACUGAACGGACCUCUUGGACGAGCCUGUCCACUAUUCAGAAAGUCGCUCUGGGCCUUGGGAUCCCAGCCAGUGCGACAGUUGCCUAUAUCCUGUAUCGAAGAUACAGGGAAAGCAGAGAAGAGCGAUUGACAUUUGUUGGGGAGGACGACAUUGAGAUAGAGAUGCGAGUUCCCCAGGAGGCCGUAAAGCUUAUCAUUGGCCGACAAGGAGCCAAUAUUAAACAGCUGCGGAAACAGACAGGUGCUCGGAUUGAUGUGGACACAGAGGAUAUAGGAGAUGAGAGAGUGCUACUUAUCAGUGGUUUUCCUGUUCAGGUGUGCAAGGCCAAAGCAGCAAUCCAUCAGAUCCUGACAGAGAAUACCCCAGUGUCUGAGCAGCUCUCAGUGCCCCAGAGAUCUGUGGGCAGAAUCAUAGGGAGAGGCGGCGAGACAAUUCGUUCUAUCUGUAAGGCCUCUGGAGCCAAAAUUACCUGUGACAAAGAAUCAGAGGGAACUUUACUACUAUCAAGACUUGUCAAAAUCUCAGGAACACAGAAGGAAGUGGCAGCAGCCAAGCAUUUGAUCCUGGAAAAAGUGUCAGAAGAUGAAGAACUUCGAAAGAGAAUCGCGCAUUCUGCAGAAGCCAGGGUCCCACGCAAGCAGCCGAUCAGCGUGAGAAGAGAAGAAAGAACCGAGUCUGGUGGCGCUGGGGAGCCUGCUGUGUGGAAAAACGGCAGCUCUGACAGCAAGCAGGCUGCUCCUCUAGCAGUGCCUCGCCGCAAGGGAGGUGGUGACCUUGCCGUUGGCGGACCAAGAGAAGGUUCCUGGGAAGAACCGAAUAAUAGCUUUCAGAAGACUGAAGUCCAGACCAGUCCGGAGAAGUCCAUUUUUGAAAUACCCAGUCCCGACUUCAGUUUCCAUGCCGAUGAGUACCUAGAAGUGUACGUGUCUGCAUCUGAACACCCUAACCACUUCUGGAUUCAAAUCAUUGGCUCCCGCAGCCUACAGUUGGAUAAACUUGUCAGUGAGAUGACCCAGCACUAUGAGAGUAGUCCGCCUGAAGAUUUGACUGUGCACGUAGGAGACAUUGUAGCAGCACCCUUAUCUACAAAUGGUUCGUGGUAUCGAGCUCGGGUCCUUGGCACCUUGGAGAAUGGGAACUUGGACCUCUAUUUUGUUGACUUUGGAGAUAAUGGAGAUUGCCCACUGAAGAACCUCAGGGCUCUCAGGAGUGACUUCCUAAGCCUUCCAUUUCAAGCAAUAGAAUGUAGUCUGGCACGGAUCGCUCCCUCAGGUGAGCAGUGGGAAGAGGAAGCUUUGGAUGAGUUUGACAGACUUACCUACUGUGCUGACUGGAAGCCGCUGGUAGCCAAGAUCUCGAGCUAUGUCCAGACUGGAGUCUCAACUUGGCCAAAGAUUUACCUAUAUGAUACAAGCAAUGGGAAGAAACUGGAUAUUGGGUUAGAAUUAGUUCGAAAAGGCUAUGCCAUUGAGCUUCCUGAAGACAUGGAAGAAAAUGGAACUGUCCCAGACAUGUUGAAGGACAUGGCCACAGAAACAGAUGCUUCUCCUGCUAGCAUGCUCACAGAGCCCAAAAAGAGCCCUGGAGAGAUGGCUCAUACCCUGUCCUGCCUCAGUUUGUCAGAAGCUGCCUCGAUGUCUGGUGAUGAUAACCUUGAAGACGACUACUUACUCUGAAGUCUGGGCUUCAGCUGGCUCAGCCAUCUGCUUCCCUGUUUUGGCACAGGAUUUGUUUCCUGGAAAGAAGUUGAUAGAGAGAUACAUGCAGUCCUUCUUUUAACACACAGUCUGACUUGCUGUGGACCAAAUCCAUUCUCACCUUCUGUUGGACUACCAGAGAGAGUGGGCCAAAGGAAUACGAAUACCUCCCCCUCCCACAUCACUCCCAUCCCUCCUGUGUCUUCCAGUGUGGGAUGCUGCUGUUACUUCCAGGCUCUUCGACCUCAAGCCUGGUCCCUUCUUCCAGUCAUGUUGCAGAUUGCUGCUCAGCCUUGUCCUUUUUGAGGCUGUGAAAUAGCCAGGGGUUUGGUCACUGGGAGAAAUGAUGAUUCUGCAGACGUGUGUCUCACCUUGUCAGGUGACUCUUGUUAAGGGAAGUUUUAAAGUACUGGACUCAAAGGCUGAAGUUGAGUCAGAAGACAAAGGCAAAAAUCAACAUAAAAUAUAUUUAAAAGGCCUUGGGAGGUGGGAAGAGAAUGCCACCUUCCAUCUUCAGUUGCUGAUACGAUAUUAGGAGCAGGUUUUUGAAACAGUGCUCCAGCUAUUUUUUGUGAACUUUAGUUAAAAAUUAAAGAGUGAUGGCUCAGGAAAUACUGUAAAUUGCUAGUAUAGCUUUAUAUGUGUACAAAUAUAUACCAAAGAGAACAUACACAAUUCAGUUUAAAUCAUUUGAGGGAUUCUUUGCUAAAUAAAGUUCUCAGAAUUAA